AUGUCUCAAAAAGAUAAAAUUACCGUUCACUGGUUGAAUUUCUCCCGUGCCCAGAGAAUUCUUUGGUUAUUAGAUGAAUUGAAAUUGACCUAUGACUUGAAAGUUUAUGAAAGAAACAAAGAAUAUAGAGCCCCCAAAGAAUUGGAAGAGGUUCAUCCAUUGGGUAAGAGUCCAGUCGUUGAAAUCACCAAACCUGAUGGCGAAGUGAUUCAACUUGCAGAAUCAGGAUGGAUCGUCCAAUACUUGAUUGACAAUUACGACACCGAGGCCAAACUCAAACCAGCCAGUGUUCAAGAUCAAAACAAAGUCAACUACUUUCUCCACUAUGCUGAAGGAACUUUGCAGCCAUUGUUGGUUGGUUUAUUAGUCAACCAAAUGGCUACCAAAGUUCCCCCAUUCCCCGCCAAUUGGAUCGCCGGCGCCGUUGUUAAAGGAAUCAAUGCUAAAUAUUACGGCCCCGAGUUGGAAAAGAACUUGAAAUACUUGGAUGGUAUUGCCAAGGCGCAAAAUGCGAAAGGAAGCAAGUAUUUGGUGGGAGAUAAAUUAUCGGGUGCUGAUAUCAUUUUAAGCUUUCCUAUAAUUUCCAUCUUUACUACCGGCAGAGGUUUGCGUCCAACUGUCGUGGAUGAAUUUCCCGAGUUACAUAAGUACUAUCAAAACUUGAGUCAGGAAAAGAACUUGAAGGAUGUGAAUGAAAAGAUUGCAAAGCUUGAUGACUCUCGAGCACAAAGGAUAUUAUGGUUAUUAGAGAUUCUACAAUUAGAUUACGAGGUCAAGAUAUACUUACGACACCCAGAAACGUGGCGUGGUCCCGUAGAGCUAUUUGAUGCCCACCCCACGGGUAAAGCACCCGUGUUGGAGAUUAUAUUUGGUGAUGGCAGGCCCAGCAUGAAACUUGCCGAAAGUGGAUUUAUAAUGCAAUACUUGUUGCGCUUUUACGAUCGCAAUUAUAUUUUAAAUCCUACUGAUCUCAGUGAACAGUUGGAAGUGGAUUACUGGUUGCAUUUCAGUGAAGGAACCUUGCAACAUCUUCAAAUGACAUUAUUAAUCAACUCAGUUGCUAAGCACGUGGCGCCAUUUGGAUUAAAGGGCAUGGCCAAGUUAGUGACAAAGGGAUUGAACAAUGGGUUCUAUCUCCAUGAAUGGAAGUUGAAUAUGCAGUAUUUGGACGACAGGUUGGCCCAGAAUGGUACGGGCUUUUUUGUGGGCAAUAAAUUGACAGCAGCUGAUAUCAUUUUGAGCUUCCCCAUAUUUGAAAAUGUAUUUGAUAACUUGGAUGGCGUUAGAGAAAUAACUCAUGAUAAACGAGAUUUAAGAAAAGUGUGGCCAAAUUUAGCCAAGUGGAGUCGGAUGAUUAAGAAUAUCCCCAGUUAUAAGAAAGUGAACCAAUUGAUGGAUGAGGAAGUUGAGGAUUUGAUUGCCUUGAAUCCGAAAUUUAAUUAUGCAAAGGAUUAA